CGUCCACUACAUACUGUAGUAUAGGUUAUAAUACAUGUCAACGGACACAGGUCACGUCAAAUAGUUUUUAUGGGUACAGGUUUACCUAAUACAACUACACCUGCUUCCUGGUUCACGGGUCCCUGUGUCACUACAAAACGUCCUUUGUACCGCAUACUUAAGUUAUCGCUGACGGUAGAGCACCAAGAGUAUUUUAGGUCGCUCUUGUGACCAUAUAUAUAUACGCUACAAGUGGCCGCACAUCCUGUUGUUAGACUCGAAUAAUUCUGGCGGAGGGACACCAAUUCAUGGAUAUGAGUUGUACGUCACAUCCGGGGACAGCUCGUGAUGUAGUCUGCCAUGGCUGUAGUCGAGUCAUUUGUCAGAAAUGUGUAGCAGAAAACCAUGCAUGUUCAAAUCCAAACAAAGAGGAAAGAUUUGAAAAGCUGUCUACUUCUUCCCUAGCCAAAUGCAUCGAUGUACUUGUCACACAUGUCAAGAAACUCGCGCCACGUGUUGAUGACGUCAUCCAACAGCGCAAACAGGAAGAGGAAUUUUUUCACAUGUCAGGUAAACAAGUAUCUCAAAGCAUCGAUGCCAUUGGAAUCUUGUUCGAAACUGCAACAAUGAAAAUGAAAGACUCGCUUCAGGAACUGAGAAGGGAUGUCUCUAGCAGGUCAGCACACACGUGUUCUCAACAUGCAUUGCAAUUAAAGAGGGAAAUGGAAUGCGAUAUUUCUUGUUAUACACAGCUGUCAAAAUGCCAUGGACAAUCUGAUGUAGCGGAACUUUUAAAGAAACUCGACACGUUCAGGAAAAAUUGUUGUAAGUACGAGGCAGCUCUACCGGAUCUUCUGCUUGCGGAGGAAUCUAACACACUGCAUCUCUUAGCUGGGGAAGAGUUUGUCACAAUGUGUCGAUCACUGAUUGGUUGUGAUGAUUCUCUGAAUAUAACAUCUCAUAGGGGGAUUGCAACCAGGGAACUGAAAUUCGGCGAUAAAGGAAGUCACAUCUACUUUGGAAUUCAGGUUGAUGAACUUGAAAAUACCAAUUUAGUACCGAUUUGUGAGAUACGCGCAAAAUCAGGGAAUUCCUGGAAAAAUGAAAUGUGUUCCUUCAGUGAUGUAGCUUUGAUUUCAAAUACUGUGCUUGUAGUUGAUCGACAAAGAUUAAAGGUCAAGAGAUUCAAUCUUGAGGGUGAAAUGAUUGAUUGGGUGCGCAUCACUGGUCCACAUGGUUUGGCUGUUUUACGGGGAACUGAUGACGUUAUUGUGACUCAACCUACCGACAAAUCUCUCACACGUGUCAGUACCACGACCGGUUUAAAAAUUAACAGGACGGCACGCGUAGAAUUCCCUUACUACGUCAUCAGAGAGGUGGACGAAACAUGCUUGGUUGCAUCCACCAUCGCCGCCCCAGCAGAUAUGAUUUCACUCAGCUCUGAUCAAGACAAAUCCGCUCUUGCCAUGAACACUCGUAUCCAUUUGAUACAACAUGAUGGACAACUCCUACAGGUCUUACGUUUGACGGAUCUUGACUACGAAAGGUUGCACGGUACUAAUUUAUUUCCAGAUUUUGAAUCCUUGACGAUUCCUUCACAGGACCGGAUUGUAAUACGAUUGACAGACAUGGCCGGUAACAAUUUUAUCGCGUCUUUUGCGCGGAACGGAGAGCCUUUAUGGUUAUACAAGACAACUGGAACAUCUCGUGGUCUGACCAGUAAGUCAGGGUUGCUGUACGUCUAUAUAGGUGACGCGGAAAGACAGCUUACAGUGCUGACAUCUUCUGGAAAACCUAUUAAAACGGCCAGCCUUGGAGACUACUCUGGUAGAGGAAACAUCCUCCAUGCCGGAGAGAGAGGGAUAGCUUUGGUGGAUUUCUCUAACACCAUUCGAGUAUUCUCUUAUCCCUGAUAACAGUAAACAUGACAUUUAUGCUACUCAUCAUACUGUCUUUUCCAUGCUUCCUGAUUUAAUUUUCGAUUUUUCCCGAACUGUUGUUCCGAACGGUCUUGAUCUUAUCAUUUUAUGAUUGAAGGGUGAUGACUUGUGACUGAUUGGACAUGUACGUAGUUUCAUUUGAUGUUAUACCUGGGCCAACUUAGCGCUACUAACAGCAAACUAUAACACCAAUAUUAAUAUAUAAUAGACAAAUACAUUUACCAUUCGUUUCCGUUUCUUUUGAUUAAAAAGACACUCGCCAUGAAUGAGAUACGAUAAAAGGCAUAUUAGCAAAAUGCAUAAGUAGAUACAUGCAUAUGCAGUAUGGUACUAUAUCUUGCAUCAAUAUCCGUUGUAGAGAGUCCGGUUGUAACCUCCGAACGACAUCCUAACUACUCGUACAAUUACUCGUGAUGUUUUGUAACCAGCUUUUAGCACACCUUUUUUGCUGUUUAUCGUAAUAAAGUUGAAACAAACAAUUUGUA